AUGUUUGGCAAUAUAUUUCUAUUGACGGCAGCAUUGCCAAUCUAUUUUACAUAUGCUCAAGGAAGCUUCACCGCUUGGUCACCACCUGGUCCGGGUGACGUUCGCUCUCCCUGUCCUGCGAUGAAUUCCCUCGCAAAUCAUGGAUUUCUCCCACAUAAUGGGAGGGGGUUUACGAUUCCUGAUGUUAUUGCCGCAUUAGAUACCGCUUUGAACGUAGGAGCCGAUUUCGCCACUGCUAUUGGCGGCGCAGGCCUACUAUCCGUUCCUGGCAAUAGCCUCGCUACAUCUUUCGAUCUCGAUAAUCUCAACGAACAUAAUUUCCCCAUCGAACACGACGCUUCGCUUUCACGUGCUGACUAUUUCUCCUCUCCAACCCACGAUAACUAUUCCUUCAACCAAACAAUCUUUAACCAAUUCUUCUCCUUCUAUUCUUCCCACUCCCACACCUCUAUCCCCGUCGCUGCAGCCGCUAAAUACGCGCGGGAAAACUAUGAAGAGAGGGAAGAUACACGGUUUUCAUAUGAGGCGCAACAGUUUCUUUCGAGCUAUGGAGAGACGGCGUUGUAUUUAAGUGUGUUGGGGGAUCCGGUAAACGGGGUCGCGGAUACAGAGUGGGUGAGGGUUUUCUUUGAGCAGGAAAGAUUGCCGUAUGAAGAAGGGUGGAGACGAGGAGGGAGUCAGACGAAUUUGGAGUCGUUGGGGGUUAUGAUUUGGAAGUUGGUCCUGGCGAAUGGGGAUGUGGUGCCCGAGGGAUUGAAGGUUACGGCGCAGACGCUGGGGUUGGCGUUUGGGGGGUAUGAUCCGGUGACGGGGGUGUUGGGGCAUGUUUUUGGGUGA